AUGGGAAACGGAAAUCGAGCCCAACAGAAGCGGGAACGCAAUGCUAAAGAGGCAAAGAAGGGACCCACAUCUCAGCUCAAGGCGAAUCGUGAGUGCCGUCAAGCGUGCAAUGAGGGGCUGCCUUUGUGGUGUUUGGUUUGGACAUGCAUGCCGCUCUGCUAGGCAUUCCACGCCGUGCGAUUGUGGGUGCACAUUACUCAAAGCUAGCAUUCUCGCACUCUUCACCUGCGCUCGCACACACACACAGAGGCAUCCCUGACUGUCCAGUGCGGCAUCUGCAAACAUCCUUUCAUGAGCGUGAGUUGUGAUCAAGAGUAGUUGAAGUCCGCCGUUGUAAGAGCUGUGUUUGAGCUGCCGAACUGAUUUAGAGUGUCGUCUUCCUUUCUGCUGUCACAGACUGUCCGAGCGCCUGCUGUGAGCAUCCCUUUGAGCUGCUAGGCAAACACGGCUGGAGAGGGACAUCGUUUCGGAUGCUCAACAAGGAAGGCAUGGCGCAGGGCAUGAGCUGUCAUAUGAUGUGGCAUUUGGUCUAGCCAGCCGCCUUCAUGAGCAGUGUCUUCAGGUGGUCCCCAUGAAGCAAGGCUCGAGCCGGGCGCAACAGCGCUCUCAAAGCCUCUGUUGUCAUGAAUGACGCGGGGAUGGACAAGGGCGCCGGGCACGGGCACGGGUGGUCAUAUCACCUUUUUGCUCCUGAGAUGAGCCUUGGAACCCUCUUGCCGCGCACUUGACCCGUGCUGACCCUUCAUAUCCACGACCCAUCUCUCACCCUUUCCCAUGCCAUUUAGCUAAUGGAGCACAUCAACGGAAAGGUGAGGAGCAAAAGAGAAUCUUCGUCGCCGAACGGCCCAUCUUGGCUCGCAGCUGAACGCACAUUCCCUAUUCGACCCUCGCAGCAUCCUGGCAAGGACAUCAAGACCUGCUUCCCCACCUUCAGUGCUGCCUGA